CUGUGCAUUCCUCCUGGGAGCUCUGAGUAUUUUUCCUCAUGAGCCCUAUUUACAGCUAGAGAGGGAACCUGUGUGAGAGAAGGCAAGUGGACCACUCAGUCCCUGACCUCAGGAGGCCGAGGGUAGCAGUCUCUCUUUAUUUAAGGGAACUCCCUCCUCCUGAUUGUGAGUGGUGACUCCCUUCCUUCUGCAGCUUAGAGGCCCUGCUUUUGAUUGCUCAGUGCCUGAUACAGAAGCGGACCCUGAAAGUACGUCAGAGCCAGAGGAAGGAGAGUUCUGGGACCAGUAGCUCGUUCUGUGGCACUGGCUGGAGGAAUUCCAGCAACCUGAUGUGCAUGCCAUAGCUCGCCACCUUUCCCCACAAGGAGCUGCAAUAACUCAGAGCUUCUGAAGCCGGCCAAGGACUUCUGAGGAGGCAGACGCCUGAGCAGCGGCAAUAGAAGCAGCAGCAGCACCCAACCCCAGUGACAGAAGGGAACUGCAGAUCCUGAGGCGAGAGGGAAACAGCGACCCAGUGAACCUGCCUUCCCCACUGACUGGGGCAACAGAGAGACAGCCCUUGUCCUGCUCCUGCAGUCUUGAAAGGGCCGGUAAAAGCCAACAACUGAGGCAUGGCCGAAGGGGAGAUCACAACCUUCACAGCCCUGACCGAAAGAUUUAAUCUGCCACUGGGGAAUUACAAGAAGCCCAAGCUUCUCUACUGUAGCAAUGGGGGCCACUUUUUGAGGAUUCUUCCUGAUGGCAAAGUGGAUGGGACAAGGGACAGAAAUGAUCAACACAUUCAACUGCAACUAAGCGCGGAAAGCGUGGGUGAGGUGUAUAUAAAGAGCACUGAGUCUGGCCAGUAUUUGGCUAUGGACACCGAUGGACUUUUAUACGGCUCACAGACACCCACUGAAGAAUGCUUGUUCCUGGAGAGAUUGGAGGAGAAUCAUUACAACACCUACAUAUCUAAGAAGCAUGCGGAGAAAAAUUGGUUUGUGGGCCUCAAGAAAAAUGGAAGCUGCAAAAAAGGUCCCAGGACUCACUAUGGACAGAAAGCCAUCCUAUUCCUUCCCCUCCCUGUGUCCUCUGAGUAAAAAAAAUCUGAAUCAGGUGUUGGCCACUCCAGAACAAUCCCAGGAGUCUCAAACACCUCCUUCCCUCUCUUCUGGAUCCCCAAAUGUCCCUUUGCCUAUUGGCUAGCCUGACCCUGACAUCGACAGCCACUUUUACUUGCAAGCUUUGUGCUUUUAAAUUCUUAGUUCCUCCUAUGCAAAGCUGUUUGCACUAGUAAAGCUUGGCACAAAUGGACCAAAAUGCUGCUAGGGCCAACAGGCCAGGAUGUCCCAGGCUAUGUUUUGAUUUUCCGUUGUUAUGUGGAUCUCAGCAGCAGGAUCGGCUUCUCAAAUGCAAAGGUGCAUGCAUGGGGCCAAAUGAAGUGUGUUAAGGGACUUGCCAAAUGAGUCAUUAGUAACUGCAUAUAAUUCCUCUCUGAGGGAGCAAACCCCAUCUGCUCUUUCCCCCACACACCUGGCUCAGUGCCCUCUUCCUUUUAACACCCCACAAAUAUUAGCAGAAUAACUUAUUAGAAGAUUGGGGUGGGGAGGGCCACCCACAGAAAACGGGAUCAGGGAGGCAGAAUCAAGUGGAUAUGGACAGGCUGCAAUUGGGAAAGGCCGGACAAGAAUUUGGAAGGAAGAGAGUCUCGAGGUAGAAAGAACAAAGGAAGAGAAGGAAGAAGAGAAGAAUUAGCUGAUAAAAAUCAUUAUGCUUCUUCACCCUCCCAAGGUAUUGAGAAGAAUGUUGCUGGGAACAGCAGAUACCAGGGAAGUUUUAGGUUGGGUAUGAGAUAGGGAUGAAAGCAGGAAAAACAAGAGUUGAUCAUUUAAGUGGUAGAUUGCAACAAAGGGGAGAUAAACUGUGCAGGGGCCAUCAAAUAGGAGUUUAGAAAAAAGGAGAGAGAAAGUAAUUAUAUAGUGAAGUCUUUUAUCCUUUUUGAGCAGAGGUCAUGAGAUUAUAGAGCUAUAGAAGAUCUUGGAAGUCAUUUAGUCUAACUUGUUGAGGAAAAUGAGAUCUCUAGAGCAGUUAAGUAAUUUGCUAAAGGUCACAUAGCUAGUAAGGAAUAGAGGCAAGAUUUGCCUCUGUCUUCCUGAUUCCAAAUUCAGAGUUUUUUUUUCCACUACAAAUAGUUUGUAGACUCAAGUAUGUAGAGAUGUUGGGAGCCCUAAGACACAUGACUGAACAGAAGAGAGCUAAGGAACUAUAAUUCUAAGUUCUGAAAUUUUGAUGAAACUUUGCAGAGAUCCUCUCCCUUUCAACUAAUCAUUCUUAAAAUGCCCUGGUCACAUACCUUGGGGAAACUCCUACUUUCUGUGUGCCCCCAACUACUCCAAGGAACUGCUUGUAUCACACUUAUGACAUUAUUUUAAAAAGUCAAAGCAAGUAACAAAACAGAAUUAUAGCCUAGAACAUAGAGUACCAUCCCCAAGCAGACCAGAAGACUGUUCAUCCUGACUCUGACCCCUCCUAGGAUGUCAUUGCUAUGGCAUCUCACUCCUAGGGUAAUUUACCCCUUUACUAAGCCUCAACACUCUGCCUCACACCCAUCUGCUACCCCCCAUACCUCUAUGCUGUGUGGUAGAAGCACUCUAGAGUCUCUCUGAGGACCAGAUUGCUCUCCUCCUUUGAAUGAUUGCACUAACCAGGACAGGCUCAAGCUGCCACUCCUGCCUCAUCCACCACCAACUCAGCAAAUCUGUGCCAUUCUCAAAGAUAUGGCUAGGAAUUCUAGCACCUGGGGAAAGUAAACGUGUGCAUGUGUGGGGAGAAGGCAGUUGUAUACUAUCAAAAUAACAUCAUUUUUGUUGGUUGUCCCCAGGCUCAGUGUACUCUGAUUAAUGUCAUAUUGUCUCGAGUGGCUGAGGGUAUGGUAUAAAGUGACGAGAUAUUUUGGGGUAGGUUGAUCAAAGAAGUGAAGGAAUAGGGAUGAGAAUUAUACCCAAGAGCAAAGGUCUGGUGAAUGUCUGUUCUAAAUAAGAAUGCCUCCCUCCCAAGAUGAGAUAUCCUAGUUAUCCCAUGCUAAUUCUAGUUCUGUCAGGCACAAAAAUUACUAGUUCCUGCUAUAGAAAAAAAUACUGACUUUAAGUAUUCCACUAAUGGUGAAAUAGAUGCCUUUUGGACAGUAUCUUGAGGUCUUAUAAAGGCACAUUUUACAAAAGGUACAACUCUAGCUACUAUCUUACCAAAAGAAAAGUAUAUUUCAGUUAUUAUUAAUAUGCUUCUCGCUUGAAGUAAACUCAAAACAUACAGCCAGCGAACUAGUAGAAAUAGAUCUCAUCUCUGACUUACAAUACUGGUAACUUGUUAAUAGCUUUAUUAUUCCACAUUAUUUAUUGAGAGCAUAUGUUUUCAUCAUAUAUUUAAACUAUCUAGAGACCAAACACAGUUAAACCUCAUUAAUAUUCACUCAUUAAGGAUGAUGGCUAUAUCAUAUGAUAGUCAAUUCUCUAUAACUCAUAUUACAUUUAUUCACAAAAGAGGAUGUUUCUUUCUCUUCUUUGUCUUUGGUUUCCUGUUGUGCUGCUAUGAAUUCUCUAUUAGAAAAAAAGGAGGAGACAGAGGAGACAGCACCAUAACUUUGAGCAAGGUCUUAUGGACCUUGAGCAAAGUUUGAUUGAAGUUUUCAUCACAGGUGCCAAUGUGAAGUGAGAAAACACCUUGGCAACAGAACUGUCACAUUGAGAUUAGAAAGAAAAGUUACAGCUCCCUGAAAAGGUGUUUAAAGUCACAGUGCUGCUGAAUAAUUCAAAUGAAGUGGCUAAGAUUGUAAUUAAUAAUGCCACUCUACACUCCUUUCCCUUCUGUAAUCUCUUCUUAUUUUUUCACAUCAAUUAUCCCAUUUGAUCUUAUUAACAAACUCUAUGAAGUAGCUAGGGAUCAUGCAAUCCUCAACGAUUUCUCUCUGCCAUUUAUACCUUGGCCAGAAUAAAAGUUAUCCAAAGAGGAAAUUCAAGGGAUUUCUAAUAGUCUGUAAUGAUUUAUUGUUGAGUUUAAUCCAAGAAACAUUAAGCACCGUUGCUAACUCAUAGGAAAGGAGUUUGUUAUUUUAGAAGCAGACCCUCUUUGUCACAGAACCAUUGUGAUGCUGACAAUAAUCCAGUAAUGCUGCUUUUUUGAUUCUGCUCAGGAACAAGGCUAUGGUUAGAAGAAUCAUAGGAUUAUAGACUGAAAACCAGAGGUCACCUGAGAGGCCUCUCAUUUUUACAGAUGAUGUAUUGCGGCCCAGAGGGGUCAAGGAUCAGAUAGUUAGGAAGUAGCUAAAAUGGGGUUUGAACCCAGGGCCUCUGUUUCCAAGGCACCAUCCUGACAGUAUCAAAGACUCCACUGCCCAGAAAUGGAGUUUUUCCAUGAAGUGAUUCAGUUUGCUUUCACGAUUAACAAAAACCUAUAGGGAAAAGGGGUGACAACAAUUUGGGACUUGUUUGCCAAGUCAUGUGACCUAGCUGGUUUGUGACUAGAAUGACUCACCAUGCACUAACACCAAAAUUUGCCAUUAUGAGCUCUCCCAGGGCAUGAUGCUUGUUAUAUAAGAAACAUAUUGCAGAUCCUUUCCUUUCUGUUAUGUAAAAAUCAGUGGCCUGAUUCAUUCAUUUAACUCGGUUGGCUGAGGAAAUGAAAUUGAGUACCAGAUGUCCCAUUCUCUAAAGAUCCAGCAACUUCCAUCAGUGAAAAAACCUCAUGUUAUCCCCUAAUAUAAUGUCCUCUUAGAUCUUCAAAGGGUGUGUCAAAGUAUACCAUAGUAUCCACAUCAACUGUGCAAAUGUGUCAGCAAUCCAGGAGGAGAAUUUUCUAAUUCCUAAAAGAAAAUGUGCCAAAACUUAGUGGCCUUGUGCUUGGUUCUUUCCUCUCCUGAUCCAAUUGAAACUUUCUCUGGUUUGUUAUUAAGGCUGGAUCCCCUCCCAUUAUUUUUUAUUUCCCUUAUGGGUAUACUUCUCUCUGACCUGUCUAUAAUGUGACCCUGUUUGUGAAUCCAUUUAACGAGGUAUGGUCUGACACUCUUGUCCUACUUACUUGUCAGGAACUUUUGGGAUUUCAAUUGUUUUGUGUUGUUAUUUUUUCCCCCAGCAGUGGUGACAGAUGUGGCCCCUUUGGGACCAACAGUGAGCAUGUGCAAGACAGCUGACCAGGGCUAGGGGUACAGGCUGGAACUAAAACAGAAGCUUUCCUUUGAAUGAGGGAAAAAUAACCAGUCCAAAUAAGGUUGAAAGUCAGGACCUAAGCUUCACUAGAAGCAUACUUGAUACAGCUAAUGGGCUGCAAGUGAAACUUAGUCAUGAUCUCCUGUGAUUCUCCAUUUUGUAUGGCUCAGCAUCUUACCAAAGAUAAUAAAAGUUGAAUAACAGAA